UUGUCCUGUGAGCUUCAUCACCAGCAGACAACUCAGCCAUCUUGACACUAGGGCGCUACUGAGGUAACUCCUGCAUCAUGUUUCUCUGGGUGAUCUCCCUGUUUGUGGCCAUCGCCGUGAGAACUGGCAGCUGUUUCCCAAACGGCGUGGGUGUGGAUCCGGCCUGCACCAACAUGAUUCCCCUGCACGGAGCAGCAUCCCAAACCACGACACCGCCCUACAACAUCAUCGUCUCGCCUGCGUCGUACACUCCUGGCCAGCCGGUGACGGUCACACUGAGCGGCAACCCCAGCAGUUUCAAAGGUUUCAUGAUCCAAGCCCGUCGGGCUAAUGUCACGUACGCUGAGCUGUUGGGUACCUUCACGGGAGACUCUGGUACCAGACAGGCGUGUUACGGGCAAGCUUUAGUGCACGCUGACGACAGCAACAAGUUGAUUAAAACCUUCACAUGGAAUCCUCCUGCCUUUUUUGCUGGUAACGUCGUGUUCAGAGUGACGUUUGUGCAGAGCGUGAGUAAGUUUUGGGCCUACGUUCCCUCCAGUCUUCUGGUGCCUUACAGCAUGAACACGGUGCCUACUUUACCCACCACAAGACAGCCCUCUAGCACCACUAGAAAGGUCACCCACCCCUAUGUUUGUGUGGGUGGGGACUGUGACUGCGAGACCCUCGCUUGCGACGCGGGCAUGUCCUGGCACAAAACCGGAUGUUUGCUAGCCGCCAUCUUGGCCAUCCUGAGUGUUGUUUACAUCUGGCAGUGACCAAUCAGAUUGAAGUUGUUCUAGUUUGUUUUAAAUUUUAAAUCUGUCUAUACACAAAGUCAUCAAUACUAUCUUGGUCUAAAGUGUAUAUUAAUAAAUUAUGAAUAAUAUUUUGAUGCCUAGUGAUGCACUGACAAUCUUCUGCUUGUAGAAUAAAUACGGAACUAACUUAUAAUGCCACGUGUUGAAUGUGUACAAUA